UUGCUGAAAAGGUCUUCUUCCUCCAAGAUGGCCUCAAGAAAGGGGAAUUAGUUGGCUUGCUGUCCCGCGUUUUGGAUCAGAACACCUGGAUUAUAAUCUUCUGAACGAUGGUUGAAGGAAUUCCCGAGAUAGCCGCCAUGUGCAUCGGCCUGGUGGGGCUGAUCGGCGCGGCCGCCACCACCGGCAUGCCCAUGUGGAAGGUAACGGCGUUCAUCGGGGAGAACAUCAUCGUCAUGGAGACCCGCUGGGAAGGCCUGUGGAUGAACUGCUACCGCCAGGCGAACAUAAGGAUGCAGUGUAAGGUGUACGACUCGCUCCUGUUCCUGCCUGCCGAGCUCCAGGCCGCCAGGGGUCUCAUGUGCUGCUCGGUGGCCUUGUCUGGACUUGGGCUCAUGAUAGCCAUGUUGGGGCUACGUUGCACUUCCUGUUUCCAGGGUAACAAAAGGGCAAAGAAUGUGAUCCUGUCGGUGGCAGGUGGCAUGCAGCUCCUGGCUUGUGUCUGCGUCUUCAUCCCCGUGUCGUGGACUGGUCAUGUGAUCAUCCGGGACUUCUACAACCCGUUGUUAAUUGACGCCCAGAGAAGAGAACUCGGGGAUGCCCUUUACAUCGGCUGGGUGACGGGAGCCGUUCUUUUCUGCUCUGCCUUGUUGUUCAUCUGCAGUCGUCAGACCUCGGACAAAAGGUCAAAUGCUCUUUACCACCCGCCACACUUGCUCGGAUACAACACGCCGCCGAGGAACCCCAAUCCGAUGAUGUAUCAGCCCAUUUCAAGUGUUUCCAGCCUUAGAUCCAACAUCUACCAACCAUCCCUGCAGCGCAGCUCUGACGCACAUCAGCUGGUCAAUCCUCAAAUAGUGACAAGCGAUGCCGCACGAGCCACACUGCCGGUCCUCCUGAACCCAGGCCGGCCUGAAAGCGCAACGCUCUUGUAUCAAGGCAGCGCGGUCCAUCAUCCGUCCAUGAGAAGCUCUAACCCACUCGGAAAGCUGUACACGCCAGUCAACUCCUUGUACAUGAGCCAGAGCAGCGCGCCGUACACGCUGGCGUACGAUCCUUCCCUGUCCUACCAGUCCAGUUUCCAGCCCACACCUCAAGCUCCGGUGUUCAUUCCAUACAUAGCUUCAAGAAUUGAACCAGGGUCUCACAGUGGGAGCGGCGCAGGCAUGUACAUAUGAGGAAAACUCACCUUUUUUGUUGUGGCUAGUCUUGACAAUGAAGUCUGGUUACUUUUGAAUACCAAACAUUUAGAAGUGUUUGUGUUUCCAUGAGUGUAUUGAUCGGCAUUGAAAGUUAUAUAAGGUGUAGGUCCCACAGCUGUAUAUUUGUCUUUCAUGUAUUACGGCAGGUCUUGAAAGGUGGCAGUAUUAGGCCUUGUUCACACCGCAGAUCAAUUCUGAUUUGUUGUCCAUAUGUGAACUGUAUUGGAUGUGUUCACGUCGAGAUGAACAGUCCAAUUCGCAACUGGACUGCUUCGUUUGUCUUGGAAGACGUUUCGCCGCUCAUCGAAGUAGGCUUCAUCAGUUCGUGCUCAUAGACUUAGAUUGGUCGGAUCAAGUACGCUGGACUGGUAGUAAACGAUCCACAGCGAUUGUUCUGCCACACAAUACCUCAAUGCUAACAAGGAGAAUAUACACUUCAAUGACUGUC